AUGCUGCGUGGCACUGACAGCGAAUACAUCAUCCGACCCCGACCUUACCGCAUCAAGUUGCAUCAAGUUGCCUCGUUCUGUGCGACUGCGCAUCUUUUGGUUCACAAGUCGAAACGGCAGCCCCAGAAGAAGCAGAGCGCCCCUCUCCCGAAUCCGCCAGCCGUGUCGAUUGCCCACUACGACGCGCCGAAAGCUGCUGUUCCGACCAGCAUUACGGCCCUCCCGGAGACAGGGGUGCAAAGAAGCAUAGAGAGCCGGACGGCAAAAGUGAUUCGUCGCCAGGCCGAACCAGCCGUUACCCCAGCAGAGCAGCUUGCAGCUUUGCAGCUUUGCAGCUUUGCAGCUUGCAGCUUGCAGCUUUGCGGCCUGCUAGAGAAAGAGGCGCAUUUGUGUGCCCUGACGCAGAAAGACGUCACCACCGAGCCCGACGCCUGGCAUAUAGACACGACUGGCAGCAAGCGCAUGCGACUCAGCACCUAA